CAACUCAGUGAUGUGGCUGUCCUGCCGCCGGCGACUCUUCCACUCCUCUCCGCCACUUCUGAAGAAGCUGAAGGGGAAAACGGUGGCCGAACAAAAUUGGUUGCAGCGGCAACUCCGCGACCCGUAUGUCAAAGCGUCGCGCGCCCAGAACUUCCGCUGCAGAAGCGCUUUUAAGCUUCUGGAAAUCGACGACAAGUUUCGACUCCUUGAGCCGGGACUCAGCGUUGUAGACUGUGGUGCUGCGCCUGGAGCCUGGAGCCAAGUGGCCAUCCAGAGGGUCAACUCCGCGGGCACUGAUUCCAGGUUGCCACGGGGUACAGUCAUUGGGCUUGAUCUGCUGCACAUAUCACCUCUGGAAGGCGCCCGCUUGCUUCCGUUCCAUAACGUCACAGAUCCUGUCACACACGCCAAACUGCAAGGGCUUCUUCCUAAGGGCCAAGCGCAUGUUAUCCUCAGUGACAUGGCGCCAAACGCCAGUGGUUUCCGGGACAUGGACCACGAGAACCUCAUCAAUCUUUGUUUGUCAUUGACAGACUUGGCCGAGAAGAUUCUGCUACCAGGAGGCUCUCUGCUUUGUAAAUACUGGGAUGGAAUCCUGGCUAAAAGGCUGCAAGAGAAGCUGUCUAGAGUCUUUGGUAGUGUGCAGUCUGUGAAGCCAAAUGCCAGCAGGAAGGAGUCCGCUGAGAGAUAUGUCCUGGCAAGAAUGUAUAAAAAGCCAAUGAAAGCGUCGUAAAUGUGAUGAUGAAAUGUCAAGUAUGUUCAAAAAGAAGUCCAGAAACUGUCUUUACAACGUUCCAUUUUGUAGCCUUUAAGAGUGUAGCUGUACAUUUUAUUUUGUUUCAGGUAAAAUGUCUUAGCUUUCUUGUUUUCUCUGCGACUUGUGAGACAAAAUUCAGUUAUGGGGAAAUGUAUAAAACAUUUCAAUGUAUAAAUUUAUUAACUUUUUUUCUCUAAUAAUUGUUAAUUUUCCCCAACAAUAUUUUGUCUUCGACGCACGAGAGAUGGUUCUAGAUUCUAACAAGAGGUGGCACUGUUGAGUCAUAGCGAGGCCCAACUCUGACGCUUCCAUCAUGUGGGUGUUGAUUUUCCUCCUUGCUAAGUGAGCAGCUUUGGCUCUCUAAUAUGUAAGUCCUGCAAAAAAAACAAAAAAACAAAACCCUUCAUGUCUUCACCCUCAAGAGUCCAAAUGUUUCACGACACUUAUUGAUGGUUUUGCCGAGGGAGAUUUGUGACUGAGGCCUGUUGAGCGGAGUAGCUUCUACUCAUCAUGUGCACCACCGGCCAUGCAGCAGAAUAUGAAUGUCUUUUGAAAGAUCAUGAAGGCAUAAGCUCUGAUCGAUAAAAGUGAUGUCACCAUGACUAAGAGAAGGCACACUGAAGCAACGGUCUCUCUUCUUUCCCUCCUGUUGAAAACCAUCUGCACAACUAUGGACGAGUUUUGUUUCCUGGUGGCUGAUUCCAUUGAUUUGUUUUUGUUGCAGCCCUGGUUCUGAAAAUCACUGCAUCUGUAAUAUUCCGAAUUGGCCAGAACAUUGGACUUUCCACACUCGGUUAUUUGAUUGUUUGUGACUUGUUUAAUGAAGAGUCAGAGUGUUGGGGUUCGACAUGUUAUUGGCUCAUUUAAGCGGCAGAUUUUGUGCAGAGCAACUUGUUAUUUUUCCACUUGUAGCUGGGCAUUUGAUGUGGUGGGUUUACCGUAUCUUCUCCGCCAAUGGAUGGGAUUGAAAGAAAAACCUAACAGCAAACCGUGACGCACUAUCAAGAUGACCCGUCGUCUUUUCCUUUCAUUCUAGUGAUGUUCAGGUGAGGCUUCAUGAAACACUGUUCUCGUUUUCGCAGCCUAGGUGUCUCUGAAUUGGUUGUGCAAAUCCAAAGAUUUUAGAGAAAAGAGUGCCAUCUAGUGGGCUCUGAAAAUGAGGACACUGUUUCAUGAAGCCUCACCAGCCCAUCACUAUAUACUAUAAAGGAGAGCGCCACCUCCUGAGCUUCGAAAACACGGAGGCUUCAUCAGUUGGAAAGAGGCUUCAUGUAACAUUGUCCACAUUUUUGGAGGCCACUAGAUGGCACUGUUUUCUGUAUUGUGUUUGGCUUUCAAGUAUUUCAAUGAAACCUCACAUCAUUAGAAUCAGAAUCAGCUUUAUCUGCAUGGUCUGUGAGGAUCCCACCAACUCGGAAAGUGCUUUGGUAUAGCCUGCAAACAUGAACAAAAACAAAAUAAAAUAAGGUAAAAUAAAGUAACUAAUAAAUAAAUAACCCACAAACAACAAGGGCUGAUCACAAACUCUGAAGCUGUUCCUGUGACUGGAGGUUCUGGUCUGGAUUGUAGCCUCCUGCCAGAGGGAAGAGGAACAGUCCAUGACCAGGGUGAGAAGGGUCGGCUCUGAUCCCACCUGCACGUCUCUGGGUCCUGGAGACAUACAGGUCAUUUAUAAACCAAUAUCGCCACCUACUGAGCUCUGAAAAUGAAGCCUGUUUCAUGAAGCCUCACGACACAUCACUAGUCAGCACUCAAAUAAAGGACAUUAGGCUUAUGCAAGUCAAAUAAAUCCCAUUGAAAUGACUCAUGGAUCUUAUUGAAACCAGCUCAGUCUUCAAUUGAUUUACAGUCUGAUCAUUUACACGAAACGAACAUCUGAGAGCGAGUCAGACUCCUAUUUGCAUGAAUGGCGGCAGCAGAGGAGACGACGAGGAUGAAUAAAUUAAUAAUGCGGCUACUUGGCCUCUCCGUCUCGGGAGUGAUGAGCAAUAUGUGAGAAAUUGAAACAUUCAUGGGGAAAUUACGUGGGAAUAAAAAAGGGAAGUGACCUCUAAAAGCGACUGUGUGGAAUGAAUGGAAGCUGCUCCGCCCGGCGAUGAGGCUGAUAGUGAAAGAUGUGAGCAGAUGACCAAUUUCGCUUUUCAUUACGUGUUGAUGAUUCGGCGCGUUGCUAUUUAUAUUUAAAUUAUUCCGAAAUUACGGUGGGUUUUUAUGUUAAUUCUGUUGGAAGCGCGCGCUCGCGGCCGAUGAUUCAUUCUCAGGUUAAUUCGUCCCUCUGUGGACGGCUGCAGGUUCACAUUUAAAUAUGAGUCGAUAAACAAAGACAAACAGCCGGAGAAACAUUUUACAUUUCAAUCUGAUGAUUUAAUCACUGCUGAAGCACAAAGGAGCGCAGCUGCAAUUUUAAUGUGAAUUUAUCUUUGGAUUUAAGUGGAUUACUCAUCAUAUUAAGUCUGCUGAACCUGAUUAUCCGUAUUAUAUAUUUUUCUCUCGUCAUCGCCAGAUACACGCCAAACGUCAGCAGUAGAUGCAUUUUUAUAUUUGUGUAUAUGUUUACACAAAAAUUGUAAUUUAAGUUAAAUAAUAAAAAGGAGAUUUAGGGGGUGCUCUUGGAUCAGAAAAGCUGAUCCAAAGGCGAUUUUAA